GACUGCAUAUUUGCUCUCAGAGUUACUUCUACAACGACGAUAGGUUCAACUACAACUAUGCGCAGGCCAAAGCCACAGCAGGCAACUACAAGGAAGCAGAGGAGACAUCGUGAAUCGUAAGGCCAGACUAGCCUGGGAGUUGUACCUUAAGAUGGAGACGUCUGGCGAAUCGUUCAGCCUGCUGUAGCUCAUUGCCAACGACGGCUACAAGAUGGGCCAGUUCUACUAUGCGACCAAGGCUUUCGGUGUCCUGGAAAGAUUGGACCCCAAUCCUGCAUACUGGGAAGGCAAGCGAGGGGCGUGCGUGGGUGUAUUCCAGCAGAUCAUAGCUGGCCAUGAACCAAGAGAAACACUGCGAGACAUCCUCCAAAUCUUGUGCAACACCGGUAACCCACAGGUGGAAUACAUCAUCCGUGUCAUGAAGAAGUGGGCCAAGGACAACAGGGUACCAGUUUCCUGAGGUGGUCCCUAUCCUAGUCUUGAGAUUGUUUAAAUUUGUACAUUCCAAAAAACCCUGCUUCGCAAAGGGAUUUUGAAAUAAUGGAAUGGUACUGUUGAUUAAUUUAAGAGUGAUUUAAUUGUUCGUCACGUUGGGAAAUUUGCCUUGGAAUAUUUCUCUAUUUAGCUUUGGCAAGGUGGUUAUGCAGGAGAAAACAACAGUUCUGGAGAGAGGCUAGUCUCUCAUGGCAUAAACAAAGUAGGCUUGCCUAGUUAAGCUGGACUCUGUGACUCAGUCAGUGACUCAGUCAGUGACUCAGUCAGCAACUCAGUGACUCGAUCAGCGACUCAGUGAUUGAGUCAGAUUCAGUCAGUGACUUGGUCAGUGACUCGUCGGUGAUUUGGUCAGCGACUCGUCAGUGAUUUGGUCAGUGACUCGGUUAGUGAAUCACUCAGUGACUCAUUGAGCGACUCAGUGGCUCAGUCAUCAACUCAGUGACUCGGUCAGUGACUCAGUCAGUGACUCAGUCAGUGACUCGGUCAGCGACUCGGUUAGUGAAUCACUCAGUGACUCAUUGAGCGACUCAGUGGCUGUCAUCUACUCAGUGACUCGGUCAGUGUCUCAGUAAGUGACUCGGUCAGUGACUCUCUCAGUGACUCGGUCAGUCAGUGGCUCAUUCAGUAACUCAAUGACUCGGUCAGUCAGUACGUGACUAAUAGUGACUGACUCGAUACUCAGUGACUCAGUCAGACAGUUGAAGUCAGGUAGCAUUGAAAUGCUCAUAUCAUAAUUAUAAAGGUUCUCGUCAUAAAUGUUGCUUAGGACAACUCUGCAAGUUUGUUUUCUUGGAGUUUCUGGGGCCUGUUUAGAGACAAGCCAACGGCAUGAGAAUGGGCCAGGAAUGGUUAUUCAAGGAGGGGGGUAGUCAUCUGUAUGUAAUGUAAUUAUACUAAUUAAUGGUUUAUAUAUAUGAAUAUACAUGUACAAGUUUUCAGAACACGUUUGUCAGGUAAUUAGGGUGUAAGGUCCAGAAGGCAUGAAACAAAUUGAAGAUGAGUGAUUUGAACUGGGCCCAAUUUCAUAGCGCUGCUAAGCACACAAUUUCUGCCAGCAGAGCCUUUCCGUCUAUCUAUCACAUUGUCAAUACUAUAUUUUUUUCAUGUACAAUAUUGGGAAAGAAUGUUGCAACCUGAUGCUGCUUUUUCUUCAUAUCAU